UUGCUGUACCCCCUCCCGACAGAAAUAUAAACGGAUCAGCGGCGGCGCUCGCUCUUUUCCGCAACGAGCACGCAGAAGCUGGAGGCAGAUUCUAUUGUUUAGUAUCAUCAAAAAUUCACAAUGGGAAAGGAAAAGACUCACAUCAACAUUGUAGUGAUUGGCCAUGUGGACUCUGGCAAGUCGACCACCACUGGCCAUCUCAUUUACAAGUGUGGUGGCAUCGACAAGAGAACCAUUGAGAAGUUUGAGAAGGAAGCUGCUGAGAUGGGCAAAGGCUCAUUCAAGUACGCUUGGGUGUUGGACAAGCUGAAGGCUGAGCGUGAGCGGGGCAUCACCAUCGACAUCUCCCUGUGGAAGUUUGAGACCAGCAAGUACUACGUGACCAUCAUUGAUGCCCCCGGGCAUAGGGACUUCAUUAAGAACAUGAUCACCGGUACAUCGCAGGCAGACUGCGCUGUCCUCAUUGUUGCGGCGGGGGUUGGGGAGUUCGAAGCUGGUAUUUCAAAGAACGGCCAGACCCGCGAGCACGCCCUGCUGGCCUACACCCUGGGUGUCAAACAGCUGAUUGUUGGCAUUAACAAGAUGGAUUCCACUGAGCCGCCAUACAGCCAGAAGAGGUACGAAGAAAUUGUCAAGGAAGUCAGCACUUACAUCAAGAAGAUAGGUUACAACCCCGACACUGUGGCUUUUGUGCCCAUCUCUGGGUGGAAUGGAGACAACAUGCUGGAAUCGAGCCCUAAUAUGACAUGGUUCAAAGGCUGGAAGAUCACCCGUAAAGAUGGCAAUGCUUCAGGCACUACUCUUCUAGAAGCCCUGGACGCCAUCCAGCCUCCCACACGCCCAACUGAUAAGCCCCUGCGGUUGCCUUUACAGGACGUCUACAAAAUUGGAGGCAUUGGAACCGUGCCCGUGGGGCGCGUCGAAACGGGGGUCCUGAAGCCGGGGAUGGUCGUGACUUUCGCGCCGGUCAACGUCACCACUGAAGUGAAAUCUGUCGAGAUGCACCACGAGGCCCUGUCCGAGGCGCUCCCGGGGGACAAUGUUGGCUUCAACGUGAAGAACGUGUCUGUCAAGGACAUCCGCCGCGGAAACGUUGCCGGAGAUAGCAAGAAUGACCCCCCCAUGGAAGCCGCUAACUUCACUGCACAGGUGAUCAUUUUAAACCACCCUGGUCAGAUCAGUGCUGGCUAUGCUCCCGUGCUUGACUGCCACACUGCUCAUAUUGCCUGUAAAUUUGCUGAGCUGAAGGAGAAGAUUGACCGUCGUUCUGGCAAGAAACUGGAAGACAACCCCAAAUCCCUGAAGUCUGGUGAUGCUGCAAUUGUUGACAUGAUCCCUGGAAAGCCAAUGUGUGUAGAAAGCUUCUCUGACUAUCCUCCUUUGGGGCGCUUUGCUGUCCGCGACAUGAGGCAGACUGUGGCUGUGGGUGUCAUCAAGGCUGUGGAGAAGAAGGCAUCCACCACUGGAAAGGUCACCAAGUCUGCCCAGAAAGCUCAGAAGGCAAAAUGAAUGCUGUGUUUAGCUGCCACCGCAGAUGCACUUCAUGGAAGACUGGUCUCUGAAACCUUUAUUUCAAUUGGCCAUUUGGGUUUAAUAGUCAAAGACUGGUUAAUUAUUACAAUGCAUCGUAAAACUAUCAGAAGGAAAACAAAAUGUUAUGUGGACCAUCAGUUUCAAUCUGUAUUGUGGCAGUGUUUUUGUUUAAUUAGUCUGUACUUUUAAGUGGGAACAGCAACAUGACCAACAGCCGUGUGGCAGAAAUUGUUUUAAUUCAUUUAAACUGAAUUAGGAAAAUAGUGUGCUUCAGGGCACAGUUUUACUUAGGUCCUCAGACUUUGUCUUGCUUUAGUGUUUGUUUGCAAUUAACAGGUGUUUAUCUUCAGCUGAUAUUAAAAGUUUGGACAGACAAGUUGAAAGAUUUUGUUCUAAUGGAUUUUCUUUUUCCUCAAGCGCAUGCUUCCAUCCUGUGCACUUUAUGUUGUUUUAUAAGCUAUGUGGCACUUUUGCACUCCUAAACCUUGAUUGGCAGAUGCUCCAUGCACCUUAAUUUAUUGUGGGCAAGGGCCUUUCAACAUUACAUUAAAACUGUUUAAACUUC